GUGUUUCGGCCAAAUACCAUGCCGGUCUUUCGAAGUUACAUAAAAAAAAUUAUAAAUUUUUUUAUAAUAGUUAUUCUACAAGACCAAGAAAAAAAAUUCUGAAAAUUUAUUACACUUUGUCACGUGAGAAGUGCAACUGUAGAUUUUGUCAUUCACACAAGGAGAGGCAUCUUUACGAAGCUACCCUCAAAUUAUUUUUUAUCACACGAAUGCGUGUAUUAAUCAGACUAUUUUAGUGAUAAUGACAGUAAGUGAAAUGAGUAGAAUUAUUCUGCUGUUAAUCAUCUGUUCGACUAUUGUACCAGACUGCUAUGGCGCACCUGCUGUGGAAAAAGAUCUACAAAGAGAACGCCGUGGCGCUGAUGAUGAGAACGAUAUUCCAGCAUCCCCAAUGGAAGAAGAGAGCGACGGCGCCUUUCAGUCCGACAUCAUGCUGACAGACGAACAAUGGGCGAAUCUCUGGGAGAUGCUUGAUGAUGAGCGUGUUCAUGGCGACCGGAGAAGAAAGAAGAGAAAAGCAGUGAUCUUUCAGCAGAGGAGAUGGCCUCUGAAGACAGUACCCUUUGAGUUAUCCAGUGAUUCUGCCGGUGAUAUCGGGGUGAUCAUGACAGGUAUGAAGCAAUGGACCGAUCAUACCUGUAUCAAGUUCCAACCUUACAGUCCAGAUCAGAUCUACAGUGAACUCGGGCACAAUUCUAGACUCUCAUUUGUGAAGGAUUCCCGAGGCUGUUGGUCGUAUCUCGGUCGGGUGUUCUCCGGUGCCCAGCAAAUCUCAAUCGGGGUGGGAUGCGAAUCGCCUGGCGUCGUCGCGCACGAGAUCGGCCACGCUAUCGGGUUCCACCACGAGCAGUCUCGACCUGAUCGCGAUGACCACGUGACCAUCCACUGGAACAACAUCCAAUCAGGGACCGAAGUGAACUUUGUUAAGUACACCACUAAUCAGGUGACGACACGUGAGAUCCCCUACGACCCCGGCUCGCUCAUGCACUACGGCACUCAUUACUUCUCCAAAAAUGGAUUUCCAACAAUCACCACGAAAGAUCUUUCCAAACUUGGCCUACUCGGCAACCGCGAUUACCUCAGCUUUCUCGACAUCAAACUCGCUAACAUCAUCUACAAAUGCAACGAGGAGUGCACUACGGAAAUCGUGUGUCUCAAUGAUGGUUACCAGGGGCCUAACUGCAACUGCGUGUGCCCACCGGGUUUCAGCGGGACCUUCUGCCACCAAACAGGUGGCCCAGUAGAUCCCGUGGGCCCUUCUGAAGAAUGUAUGCACACAUACACUGCUGCCUACGGCGAGAUCAAAUCUAUUAACUACCCCGGGAAUUAUGACGACCUGUUUGAUUGCAGCUAUCGCAUUCAGGGAGGGCAGGGGUCGUCGAUCUCGCUCGUGUUCAGUGAUUUCGACUUCGAGGACCAUGAAAACUGCGAAUACGACUACCUCAACAUCCGAUCUGGUGACAACGACCUGACAGGAAAUACUUUCUGCGGCAGUGAGCGUCCACCUGCAUUCUAUACACAGAACAGCGAGAUGAUUUUGAAAUUUCAUUCUGACCCUUACGUCAACGGUCGUGGAUUCCGUGCGACCUAUAACAUCAUCGGUCCCCUUGUCGGAGAGGAAUCAACGACUGUUCCAACGACCACGGCCCAGACAACAACACAGAUGACCACGACUACCGAAGGAGAGGGUGGAGAGUUCGUCGGUUCUUGCGGUGGAUAUUUUUCAGCUCUGACUGGCACUUUGGCUUCUCCGAACUAUCCGGCCGACUACUCGAACAACGCUGUCUGCUACUACACCAUGGUUGCUCCCGCUGGUCGUCGCAUCGAGCUCACUAUUCACCACCUGGACGUCGAACCCUCGACCGAGUGUGAGGGCGAUUACGUCAUUGUGAAUCCGGGCAGCGGGAUUGAAGUCUUAAUGAGGGUCUGUGGGUCUCAGGCGCCAGGCGGUACCUUCAUUUCUUUACAGAACUGGCUUCAAAUUCGAUUUAGGUCUGAUUCCUCUGGCACACGCUCAGGAUUCACAGCCUCAUAUCGCACCGUAGAUAUCAUCUAAUCAUGGCAUCUAACUCUGGUCCCCGCUCUGGUCCAGGUGGACGUUUCAUGAAGAUGUUUGUUGGUUAUGUACGACUGAUUACACGACUAAAUGAUAUAUCCCCAUGUAUGGCUGACUCGCCGCCUAAGAACAAAGUCCAAUCGUUUGUAAAGUCACUCGUAACUUUACAAAGAGCUUAUGGAAACCAGGCUAUGGUGCCCCUAAGAAAAAAAAGGAACUUACAGGACUGAGGAAGAUGCUGGAUAUAAUUAUGAAAGCUGGGAGACUUGAUUUCGUGCUUACAGAUUGAUGGAAGUUAUUGAGAAGCUGACUGGCAUACCGAAUAUUGUGCUAUAUUCAGAUUGUGCGGAGUUUGGAAAAGAGAAUAACUUGUUUGCUAUUUAUAAGAACAGGGGCGGCGGAUCGAAAUUGGAAGUGGGGUGGCACAGGGAGGUAAAGGGCACUUCGUAUUUUGAAAAGUGCAUCUUACAACCAAAUACGAUAAAAUUAAAUUAGAAUAUCUACCCCACUCUUAGAUGUCUCAAAUAAUAAUCAAAAGUCGUUAACAAGAAAACGGUAUCAGGCGCUUAUUCUUAUCAAAGGAUACGGGUGCACACCGUAAAUCC